UGCGAUCCCACCUAGCGCGGGUCCAACUGUGAUUGAAACGUGCCACUGGUGCCUGACAAACGUCGUUCUGGUACUCGCCAAAGCGAGCCAGACGGAUUUGUGCUCGUUAGGCGCUGACGCUAUCUAUCCUUGAUGAGAAAUGAAGGGCCGACUGAACUCGCUUUUCACACAGUCACACAAUCCGAGCCGACCACUUUUCCAAUUCCUCCCAGCGCUUACCGGGUUCAGGCGCAUCUAAGAGCACGAUCUCUGCACGUACAUACUUUCACGAGCCUUAGUGAAAUCAGUGAUAAACCCAAGCGGGGCUCGUAGACCGAGACAAUCACACGAUGUCCCUCCGCUCUGAGCUCUCCCAGGCGUCGGCCGGCGCGGUUGACGUUAGCGGUGUUGUGCGCCUCAAAUUGCGCUCCACACCUUAUAGCCGACGCACCGGCCAAGAUGCCUCGAACAGCGCCCACAGCUGUCCCUGUCCUCUUCCGGCAUGCCCAAGUCCCUCACCCCCACCGUGCUUCUCCUCGCACGAGUGCUUCACGCUCAGGCGAGCGUUAUCAGCUCGCUCAACACCACCGCGUACGACUAUAUCAUCGUCGGCGCGGGGCCCGCAGGUCUCACGCUUGCCAACCGGCUCACCGAGCUUCCCACCGGCGCGAAUCUCAGCGUGUUGGUGCUCGAGGCGGGCGAGAACCGGCUCGGCGACCCGCUCAUCGACAUUCCGGGAUUCCUUGGCUCGACGGUCGGCAACGCGUCGUACGACUGGUUGUUCACGACCGUCCCACAGGCGAAUGCGAACGGGAACGUGUUCUCGUUUGAUCGGGGGAAGGUGCUCGGUGGCUCGACAGCGAUCAACUUCAUGGCAUGGGGACGGCCGGGCGAGAACGAGAUCGACGCUAUUGAGGCGCUGGGAAAUCCAGGAUGGAACGGAACAGAGUUGUUUGCGUACAUGAGAAAGGCAGAAACCUUUACCGCGCCUGACCCGGGGUACGCAGCAGUCAACAACCUCACCUUCAUUCCCAGCGCGCAUGGGCUCACCGGACCGGUGCACAACAGCUUCUCGCGAUUCAUCUCGGACGCCCAGAAGCCGUGGCUCUCUGCAUGUCAAGAAAUGGGUUUGGCACACGUCCAGGACGCGCUCGCUGGGAACGACGUCGGUGCUUGGAUGGCCCCAGCUGCGAUCGACGGGACGACCAUCACCCGCUCAUACGCUGCUUCCGCAUACUACGUCCCCGCGUCAAACCGCUCAAAUCUUGCGCUGUUGACAGGAGCUGAGGCCACUCGCAUCCUGCUCAAAAAGAAGGUGAACAAAAACGGGUUGGUCGUGGCAAAGGGCGUCGAGUUUGUUUCGGGUAGUCAGACAUAUCGUGCAAAGCUGAAGUCCGGCGGAGAGGUCAUUUCGUCCGCUGGCACAGUCAAGACUCCUCAGCUUUUGGAGCUCAGUGGCAUCGGCAAUCCCCAGAUCUUGAACAAAUUCGGUGUCGAAUCGAGAGUGGAUCUAGCCGGCGUUGGCGACGGCAUCAUUGACCAGGUUUUUGUGGGGCUCAGCUUCGAAUUGAAAAACGACUCGAUCGUCACCCUCGAUGAUCUCAGGAAUUCCACAUUCCAAGCCGCAGCCUUGGCCGAAUACGAAUCGAAUCGAACGGGCAUCAUGACGGUUGGCGUCACCGGGUUCGCUCUGGCGCCUUUGCAAACUAUCGUCGGGUCCUCCAACGCCACUGCGAUGAUCAAUGCCCAAGCGGACAAGAUUCAGACCGGCAACUACACUGCGGCGCAAAAGGAGAAGUUGAAUUCAAUUGUCGACGGACUGAGAGAGCCAACGCAGCGGGGCUUGAUCGAGUUCGUUGCUUUCCCUGGGUUCUUUACCUCUGCCAGCGCUCCGCAGCCCGGGAAGAAGUAUCUGACGCUCACCGUCAACUUGCAUUUUCCUUUCUCGACCGGCAGCAUCCACAUCGCUUCCUCGAACGCCAGCGUGCAGCCAGCCAUCGAUCCAGGGUACUUCAAAGAUGAUUUCGAUCUUCAGGUCCUAGUUGAGGCAUUCAAAUAUGUCAGAAAGUUGGCUGCAACUGCUGAAUUUAGCGACUUGUUUGCACGGGAGGUGGAUCCCGGAGUUGCGGUUCAGACGGAUGAUCAGAUCCGCAAUUAUAUCAAGAACCAUGGUGGUCCGGAAUACCACACUGUUGGCAGUUCCGCCAUGAUGCCUCGCAACAAGGGCGGAGUGGUUUCCCCUGAUUUGAAGGUCUACGGCACGAAAAACAUCCGAGUCGUCGACUUUUCGGUCUUGCCGCUGCAAAUCAGCGCACAUCCGAUGUCGACUCUCUAUGGGGUGGCUGAGAAAGCAGCAGACAUCAUUAGGAAUGUGCGAACAAUCUGACACGCGAUCACGUGAUAGGCACGGGAUGAAAGAAUAUGAAUUUUAUGCUUCUAAAGAAUCCAGACGUACUGGGCCCCUCACCACUGAUGCAUAUGUUGCUGUGGCGUAGAUUGAAAAUGAGAUCGAAAAUGC